UCCUUACGAUUGCGAGGCAGUUGCCGGAACCACUGAGCUAAAUCCCCAGCCCUCUCCCCUGGAUUUGUUCGAAGUCUUAGCUGUCUAGCUGGGCAUGGUGACAAAAACUAAUCCCAGAAAUAUAGAAGCUGAGGCAGGAGGAUCACUGCAAGUUUGAGGCCAGCCUGGGCUAUACAGCAAUACCCUGUCUCCAAGAACAACAAAAUCAAACAAGCAAACAAACAAACCAAAGUCCUAGCAGUCAAGAUGGUGGGUCAAAUGGUCUUUUGUUUCUGGCCAGGGGACAGCAGGAGCCAUGCCAGGGUGCCUUUCAGCAGACAGGGCCAGGCCUGGGGAGCCCUGAACCCCUCACCCAGUAACGCGAGCUCCGGCUUUUCCAGAUGCGGCCCAAAGUCAUGUGGCACCUCCUCCGCCGCUACAUGGCCUCCCGGCUCCACUCCCUGAGGAUGGGCGGCUACCUCUUCUCGGGCUCCCAGGCGCCCCAACUGUCCCCCGCCUUGCUGAGGGCCCUGGGCGACAAGUGCCCCAACCUGAAGCGCCUGUGCCUGCACGUGGCAGACCUGAGCGCGGUGCCCAUCACCAGCCUGCCGAGCACGCUGCAGACCCUGGAGCUGCACAGCGGCCUCUCGCCGCAGGGGCUGGCCCUGCUGGAGGGGAUGCCCGCGCUGGAGAGUCUGUGCCUGCAGGGCCCGCUCAUCACCCCGGAGAUGCCCACCCCGACUCAGAUCAUCUCCGCCUGCCUCACCAUGCCCAAGCUGCGCGUGCUCGAGCUGCAGGGGCUGGGCUGGGAAGGCCAGGAGGCCGAGCAGGUGCUGUGCCGGGGGCUGCCCCACUGCGUGGUCAUCGUCAGGCCCUCCCCCAAAGAGUCCAUGGACUGGUGGAUGUGACCCUGGCUCCCCGGCCCUCGGAGCAGCAUAUCAAAGAGGGGAGUUGAUCAGGCUGGAGGGUUCUGGCUGCAGAAAAUGAGCUCCCCGGCGCCGCCUCCAUCCCGGCCAAGCUCUGCCCGAGGGCACUGCAGUGCCUUGUGCCCUAACAGCCGCCCUCGGGUACGCAGGGCUGGGGACCCGAGGGUCACACCCUUCUAGGCCGGGCAGGGCCGUCUGUGUCCAGGGUACCCACCCCGCGCGUUUACUCGGUACCUGUGUGCCCGCGCAGGCGGAUCAGGAGUGGCCUUUUCGUAAUCAAAUGUUCCUAAAGGUGCUUAGAUGUAUUUUCUGAAUUUUGUAUUCUGCCUUUUUCCAGUUUUUCACAGCAUAUAAUAU